GAAGAAGGACCCAGACGAGCAAAACCAUCAGAUAGAGCGAAACGUUUAUCACAAACAAAAUUAGGAGCCAUUUCAGAACUGUCAGCCGAUACUCCAGAAAUUCGAACUAAUCAACCUGAAGAGACUGGUACUGAAGAAUAUACUUCAUCACGACGUUCUUCUAUUAUGGACGAUCGUCGUACAUCAUUACGUCAUGUUGAUCAAGAAAACUUGUUGAAAGUACGUCGUGAUUCAAAAACAAGACGUCCAUCAUUGGCCGAUGUCAUUCCUGAUUGGCCAAAACUUAAUAAAACUAUUAAAGCGAUGAAGGAAAAGGAAAUUUUUAUUGAAGGACUGCAAGAUAUUAAGUGUAAAGAAGAAGAUGGUGACGUAACAUUUCAAUGUGUUUUCUCAAAAUCAAGUGGAAAAUUAAGAUGGAUGAAAAAUAAAGUAGAAAUAUUUCAUGGUUUAAAAUAUCAUUUUGAUUCAAGUGGAACACGACAUAAAUUACAAAUUUAUAAAUUACAUCCCGAUGAUAGUGGCAAAUAUUUUUGUCGUGUGAAUGACACAGAAACAUCAGCUUGGCUAGAAGUAAUACCUGCACGUCCAUUGUAUGACUUUUAUAAAGAAUUACCAGCUAAAAUGGAAGUAUUUCGAACAAAACCCUCUGCUCUUGAAUGUCAUGUCAAUGACGCAUCAGCUCCCGUUAAAUGGUUCAAGGGAAGAAAGCCAAUUAAUUCAGAAACAGAUAAACGAUUUCGAAUUUAUCAAGAUAUGACGCGUUGUAUAUUUCGAAUUAAUAAAACAACAAAAGCCGAUGAGGGGGAAUAUACAUGUCAAAUAGAUGAUGAACGUGGCGUUAAAACAGUUGGCUAUUUGUACGUUGAAGAACCACAAUGGCGUUUUGAAACAAAAUUACCACCAACUAUGGAAGCUGAUGAAAAUGAUCAAGUUAUAUUAGAAUGUACUGUCCAAGAUGAAGAUGCCGAAUGUGAUUGGUUUUAUAACGGAGAUAAAAUAAUACCAGACCUUAAUACGGAUAAAUAUGAAGUAAUAUCCCAUGGACAAGUACGCAAACUGAUUGUUAAAAAACUUAAACUGGAAGAUAAAGGAAAAUAUGAAUGUAAAACAGGUGUAAUGGCAACAUUAACAGAAUUAACUAUCAGACCUGCACUAAGAAUUGAGAAAAAAUUGAAAGAUGUCGAUGGAUUAGAAGAAGAUGAACUUGUUUUAGAAGUUGAGCUUAAUAAAUCUGAUCAACGACCACGUUGGACAAAAGACGGAAAAGCCCUAUAUCCAGAUCAAAAAACUGUGAUAAUAAACGAUGGAAAUAAAUAUCGUUUGACGCUCAAAGAUCUCUCAUUGAAAGAUGGUGGUGAAAUACAAUUUUCAUGUGGUGAUUUAAAAGAUAGUUGUCAGAUUACAAUCAAAGAAUGUGAUAAACCACCAAAAAUUGAUGUUUCACGUUUUUCAAAAUCUGUAACAGUUAAAGCUGGUCGACCACUCGAUCUAGAAAUACCCUAUGAAGCUUUUCCACAACCGACUGGUAAUUGGACAAAAGAUGGAAUAAGUAUUGAUAAUGAUGUAUGUAAAACAACAAUGGAUGGAAAAAGAGCAAAAUUAGCAAUUGAAAAAACAAAACGUGGUGAUAAGGGAAAAUACGAAUUCACAUUGAGAAAUAGCAAAGGAGAAAUCAAAGUUCCAAUUAAUGUUAAUGUUAUUGACAAACCCGGCAAACCUGAAGGUCCAUUGAAAGUAUCGGAUGUUACCAAAGAAACAUGUGUUGUGUCAUGGAAGCCACCAUUGGACGAUGGCGGUUCUGCAGUAGAAAAAUAUAUUGUAGAAAAACAAGAUGUUUCACGUGGCGGUUGGACACCUGCCGGUGAAGUUUAUGGAGAAGCUACGUCAUUAAAAUUAAUGAAAUUGACACCAGGUAGAGAUUAUGCGUUUCGUGUGCGUGCCGUGAAUAAAGAAGGAGAAAGUGAAAGUCUGGAAACAACAGCAACAACUGUAGCAAAAAAUCCAUAUGACGAGCCUAGUGCGCCUGGUGAACCUGAAGUGACCGAUUGGGAUAAAGAUCAUGUUGAUUUACAAUGGAGUGCACCAGAGAGAGAUGGUGGUGCAGAAAUAGAAAAAUAUAUAAUUGAGAAACGAGAAAAAGGGCGAGAUCAAUGGCAAAAGUUUCGAGUGAUUGCCUCUAAUAAAGCUGGUCUGGGUGAACCUAGCAAGCCAACAAAGCUCGUCGUAGCCAAAUCACGAUUUUUGGCACCAAAAAUAAGUAGACUUGCUUUAAAAUCUGUUACGGUCAAACAAGGUCAAACAGUCACAUUAGAAGCACCAUUUGUUGCUGAACCAUUACCAACAAUGACAUGGCUUAGACAAUCGACGGAAAUACAACCUAAUGAUCGCAUACAAGCCACACUUACCGAAAAAUUAGCAAAACUUAUUAUUAAUAAAUCUGUACGCGCUGACACCGGAAAAUAUAUGAUCCGAUUAGUUAACGGAUCUGGAUCAGAACAAGCAGAAUGUGAAGUUAUUGUACUCGGUCCACCAUCGAUACCUCGUGGCCCGUUAGAAGUUAAAGAAGUAACAAAAAACAGUGUUACUUUGGCAUGGAAAGCACCAGAAGAUACGGGUGGCAAAGAAGUCACGAACUAUGUUGUUGAAAAACGUGAUAAAAAAAGCGGAGACUGGAUUCGUGUUAAUGAUGCUGUCAUUGGUACACAAGUAACUAUACCAAAAUUAAAAGAAGGACACGAAUAUGAGUUUCGUGUAAUGGCUGAAAAUUCUAAUGGUCUAAGUGAACCGUUAGUAACAGAAAAAGCUGUACAUGUCAAAAAUCCAUUUACUGAGCCCGGUCAACCCGGAUCGCCUGAAUGUGUUAGUCGUGAUCGCGAUCAUAUUGAAAUCAAAUGGUCUCCUCCACGAAACGAUGGCGGUUCACCUAUCAAAGGCUACAUAGUAGAAAGACGAGACAAAACGGCAAACAGAAAAGACUGGAGCAAAAUCACCAAAGGUGAUUUAAAUAAGACGCCAAAUUUUGUUGAUGAAAAUGUAACGGCAGGAAAAGAGUAUGAAUACAGGGUGACAGCCGUCAAUGAAGCUGGUCCUGGAGAACCGAGCACUGGAACUGGAGGCAUUUUUGCUAAACCAGAAAAUGAAAAACCUUCGUUUGAUUUAAGUGCGCUGUUUGGUCCUCUAGGAAAGAAAGAAAUUCGUGUUAAAGCUGGUGAACCACUAACAAUUGAUUUACCCAUAAGUGGUUCCCCUGCACCAACUAUUACUUGGAUAAAAGAUGGGGAAGAUGUUCAACCAACAAGAGACACACAGUUGGAAAGUAAUGAUAUUCAUGCAAAACUUUAUAAACCGAGUUCAAAGGGUACUGAUGCAGGAAAAUAUAAAGUGAAAUUGAAAAAUGCUUCUGGCGAAGAUGAGUGCGAUAUUGAUGUUAUUGUGAUGGGUAAGCCAGGUGUACCGGGAGGUCCGUUAACCGCUACCGAAACAACAAAAAAUUCGGUGUCAUUACAAUGGAAACCUCCCAAGGAAAAUGGCGGUAGUGACGUUACUGGCUAUAUAAUUGAAAAAUGUCUGGAGAAUAGUGACAAUUGGGAAAAAGUGUCAGGUGCAUUCAGUCAGCCAAAAGGGACAAUUAAAGGUUUAGAUACAAAUAAAACAUAUAAAUUUCGAGUGAAAGCUGAAAAUAUUUUUGGUGUUGGAGAACCAUUAGAAACAAUUUCAGCCAUUACUGUUAAGCCACCGUAUGAUACUCCUGAUGCUCCUGAUGUGCCCGAGAUAAUAGAUUAUAACUCAAGUUAUAUAAAAUUAAAAUGGAAGAAACCUUCGAAAGAUGGUGGAAAUCCAAUACAAGGUUAUAAUGUGGAGAUGCGCGAGAAAAAUACCGGUAAUUGGAAACUAUGUAACAAUUUUCCAACAACAGCAACUGAGUAUAUAGCGUCUGGCCUCCGUGAAGGACAAACGUAUGAAUUUCGUGUAGCUGCUGUGAAUGAGGCUGGACCGGGAACACCAAGUAAACCCACACAAGCGCAAAAAGCUGAAGUCCCAAUAUUUCCAGCUGAUGCUCCAGAUCAGCCAAAAGUUGAAAAAGUCACAAAAGAUUCGGUAACACUAUCAUGGAAAAAACCUCUGAACAAUGGUGGCAGUCGAAUUACUGGUUAUGUCAUUGAAAAACGUUCACCUGAUAGCCACGAUUGGGAACAAGUGGGAACUGAGUUGUCGGCUCGUGACCAUUCGUACACUAUUCCGAAUCUUACAGAAGGUGAUGAACUUAUGUUUCGUGUUCGAGCUGUGAAUGCUGUAGGACCAGGUGAACCAAGCCGUUCGACAGACGGAAUUAAAAUUGGGGAUCAACUAGAAAAACCAGCCUUUCUUGAUGAUGUCAAAGAUAUUACUGUACCUGCGGGAAAAGAUUUCAAAGUUCAAAUAAGGUGCCGGAUAUCCGAAAAUUCAGCAGGCAUACCACAAACAACUACUGAAUGGACAGUUGAUGAUAAAAAUUUGGCUGGUGAUGAUCGUGUCGUCAUACAAACAUUAGACAACGUUGUUACGCUGUUAAAUCAUAAGGCUCAACGAUCUGAUACUGGAUCCUAUAAACUUGUAUUAAAAAAUCGUGAAGGGACAAGUCAAGUAAAAUUUCGUGUUACUGUACUUGAUCAUCCUGGAAAGCCAGAGGGGCCACUUGAAGCAACCAAUGUAACAGGCGAAGGUUGUACACUCAAUUGGAAAGCGCCUACAGAUGAUGGUGGAAAUGAUGUUAAACAUUAUGUUAUUGAAAAACGUGAAGCUGGAACAGAACAAUGGACCAAAGUAGGACCACCGUCAUCGGGAACAACUUGUGAUGUUAAAGGGUUAGAAGAUGGAAAACGUUAUGAAUUUCGUGUUGCAGCCGAAAAUGAAAAUGGUUUGGGUGAACCACUGGAAAUCGGUUCUCCAGUUAAAGCUAAAUGGGCGUUCAAUUCUCCGGAGGCACCAGGCACACCAAAAUGUGCUAGCCAUACUAGUGACUCUGUUACGUUACAAUGGGCUAGGCCAUCUUAUGACGGCGGAAGUCCAAUAAAGGGCUAUCUUAUCGAAAAAAAAGAAAAAGGAACGGAUCGAUGGAUACCAGUAAAUCGAGAACCAGUUGCUGGCCAAGAACACACUGUUCCUGGUUUGACUAAUGGUAAAGAGUACGAAUUUCGUGUGGCUGCGGUCAAUAAGGCUGGUCCAAGUGAAUAUGCACAAACUGAAAGUGCGAUUACUGCUCGCCCUCCAGAUGUUGCACCGAAAGCCGUCGGUUUUGGGUUUGGUCCGAAAGAAAUAACUGUACGUGCUGGUGAAAAUUUGAGAAUUUCUGUGCCCUUUGUUGGCUCUCCCAUACCACAAACAAAUUGGACAAAAGGUGGUAAUGAUUUGCACUCCGACGGCAACACUCAGAUAACUGUUAAAGAUGGUGUUGCUGAAUUAUUAAUACCAAAAGUGAAAGGGAGUGAUUCUGGCACCUAUUCAUGUUUACUCAAAAAUCCACUUGGUCAAGAUAUCGUUCAAAUGAAAGUGAUCGUUGUUGAUAAACCUGAUAAAUGUGAAGGCCCAUUAGAAAUAAGUGACAUAAGACCAGAUUCAUGUAUACUACAAUGGAAACCACCUAAGAGUGAUGGCAAUUCACCAAUAAGCAAUUAUAUAAUUGAAAAAUUUGACACAAAAAAAGGCGAUUGGCAAAAAGUAUCAAGUUUUUGUCGUGUACCCUUUUAUGAGGUUGUUGGACUUAACGAAGGUACCGAAUAUAAAUUUCGCGUUACCGCUGAAAAUGCAAUUGGACAGAGUGAACCACUCGAAAGUGAAAAAUCAAUUGUUGCUAAAAAGCCAUUCAGUGCUCCCCAAGGUCCAUGCAAUCUUGAAGUGCGAAAUCAAACCGAGAAUGCCAUAACAUUAAAAUGGGAUCGGCCAAAAAAUGAUGGCGGAUCGAAAGUAACACAAUAUCAGGUUGAAAUACGAAAACCUGAUAGUGAUAUAUGGGUGCCCGUUACUGAUUUCCCAGUGAAAGGAACAGAAUUAACUGUUGAUAAUCUCCAGCCGAAUAAACUAUACGAAUUUCGUGUAAAAGCCAAAAAUGCUGCUGGCUGGAGUCAACCGACGAUACUUGAUCAAUCAGUCACAUUAAAACCCAAUUAUGUACCACCAAGCCCACCAAAUGUACCUGAAGUGAAAAAAGUUGGUAAAAACUAUGUAGACUUGGCAUGGUCGGCACCGAUCAACGAUGGAGGAAGUAGAAUAACAGGUUACGUUGUUGAGAAAAAAUCCCCAGAAAGCGAUCAAUGGAUAAGAGCUGUUCCAUAUUUAGUAGUAGAUAAUAAUGUGACGGUUGCAGAUUUAAUUGAAAAUAGUGAAGUUGAAUUCCGCGUGAAAGCAGUCAAUAAAGCGGGUGAAGGCGAGCCAAGUGUAGCAACAAAUCGUGUAAAAAUCUCUGAAUUUCCAAAUGGUCGAAAACCAACGUUUUCAAAGAAAAUAGUGGACGUUAACGCAGCAUUGAACAGUGAAGCUUCAUUCACGGUUGAGUAUGAUGCAAAUCCGGCACCUGAAGUAAAAUGGUUUCGAAAUGGUAUGGAACUUUCAGCAAGUGGACGCUAUCGAAUUAGUACAGAGCCGAACAAUUCAACGUCAACUUUAACAUUUCUGGGAGUAUGGGAUGCUGAUAAUAAUUCAACGAUCACUUGUGAAUUAGUAAACCCCUUAGGAAAAGAAUCGUGUGAAGCACUGUUCCAUGUCAAAACUCCACCGAAAUUGGAUCGAGAACCAGGUGAUCAAAAAGUGAAGCUCGGUGAUACAUUAAAAGUAAAAAUUCCCAUCAACGGCAAAGGACCGUAUACGUUUAAAGUAAAAAAAGACGAUCAAACUAUACCUGAUUCAGAUAAACGUGUCCGUGUCCAAGAAUUUGAUGAUUACAUUGUUAUGACAAUACCAGACGUUGACCGUGACGAUACCGGAAAGUAUGUUAUUAAUGUAGCAAACGAUUCCGGUUCUAUUAAUGUUCCAAUGAAAGUUAAAGUAACAGCACCUCCAACAUCACCACAAGGACCACUGGAAAUUUCAAAUAUAUCGAAAGAUCACUGUACUUUAUCGUGGAAGCCGCCGACAGAUGAUGGAGGUUCAAAAAUUCAAGGAUACACUAUUGAACGCCGUGAUGUAUCAAAAGGGACUGAUCAAUGGAUUCCGGUUACUCAAACAUGCAAGGAUCUUUCAUUCACUGUACCAAAUUUGUUGGAAAAUCAUGAAUAUGAGUUUCGAGUUAUGGCUACAAAUGAAAAUGGGACGAGUGAACCAUUAUGUUCUUCUUCAUCAAUUGUUGCCAAACUUUCAUUUAAGCCUCCUAGUGCACCUGGACAACCGAAUGUGGCUGAAAUGACAAGUAGCAACGUUACAUUGACAUGGGAAAAACCAACAUCCGAUGGGGGUGGUCCCAUAACCGGUUAUUGGGUUGAAAAGAAAGAACAGGGUACCGAUAAAUGGGCACCUGUCAAUUUAUCACCAACUCAAAAUACAAAAUUAACUGUGCCAAAUCUUGCCGAAGAUCACACGUAUGAAUUUCGAGUAAUUGCUGAAAAUGAAGCUGGCAAGGGCAACCCAUCCGAAACAUCAAAACCUUGUAAAGUUAAGGAUCCGAAUGCUGCUAUUUCACCAGAAUUUCUUAAAAAACUAAAAAACGUUGAAGCAAAUGAAGGUAAAACUGUUUGUUUGGAAGUGGAAGUUACUGGUACGCCGAAACCCGAAAUUGAAUGGUAUAAAGGAACUAAAGAGUUAUUCGAUAGUACGAAAUAUAGUAUAUCAAGAGAUGGUGAUAAAUAUGUAAUGGUGAUCAAUAAUGUCACACCAGAUGAUAUAGACGAGUACACUGUGAAAGCAAAAAACAAAGGUGGUUCGAGAAUGUGCCGUUGUAAUGUUACUGUCAGAUCUCCUCCUCGUCUUCGACUUCCACCGAAAUAUCAUGAUGUAUUAACAUAUGAUAAAGGUGAAAAUAUUCAAAUUAAAAUACCAUACACUGGAAGUCCAUUACCGAAUGUAACACUUCUUCAUGGAGAUGAAGAUGUAACAAAAGCAAAUAAUGUCUCAAUUGAUGUUGGUGAACGAGCAAUUACAUUGACAAUUCGAAAUGCCGAUAAAAAUACAAGUGGACCAUAUAGGAUAAAAUUACAUAAUAAUCUCGGCGAAGACGAAGCAACAUUACGUCUACAUGUAUCCGAUGUGCCGACUGCUCCGCAAAAUGUACAGGUUGAUUCGGUAUCAGAUGGUUCGGCUGUAAUCUCGUGGCGUGCACCUGAUGACGAUGGAGGCACUUUUAUAACAAAUUACAUUAUUGAAAAACUCGAUUCUGAAACGGGAAAAUGGAGUAAAUGUGGUACAAGUCGUUUUACACAUUUUACAGCUGAAAGCCUUCAAUCAAAUAAGCCGCAUCAAUUUCGAAUAAUAGCGGAAAAUAUUCACGGCACAGGAGAACCAUCUGAACCAACGAAACCAGUUCAGACAUCAGAUGUGGAUGCAAAUCGCAAAAGUCGCGGACAUAAAGAUGAAGACCUUUCAAAACGAAAAAAUAAAGAUUUACCAAAAUUAGAUAAUUAUGAUCGAUGUUUCUGGGAUAUUCGGGAUAAAGGGCGCGAACCACAACCAGCAACGUUAAAACUUGGAAGCGUGCAUGAUUAUUAUGAUAUUUUAGAAGAAAUUGGACGCGGAGCAUUUGGUGUUGUUCAUCGUGCAAUUGAAAGAGCAACGGGUAAAACAUUUGCUGCAAAAUUUAUUCCCACGUUAGCUCCAGCUGAUAAAACAACCGUUCGACGUGAAAUUGAAGUGAUGAGUGAUUUAAAUCAUAAAAAAUUGUUGCAUUUACACGAUGCAUUUGAAGAAGAAUUUGAAAUGAUUAUGAUCACAGAAUUUGUCGCGGGUGAUGAAUUAUUUGAUCGUAUUGCCGAUCCAAAUUAUAAAAUGACAGAAAAUGAAGCCAAAAAAUAUAUGAGACAACUUUGUCAAGGAUUAGAACAUAUGCACGAAAAUAAUAUUGUACAUCUCGAUCUUAAGCCUGAAAAUAUCAUGUGUGAGACAAAAACGAGUACAAAUAUAAAAAUUUGUGAUUUUGGUUUGGCUACGAAACUUGCUCCAAAUGAAGUUGUUAAAGUUAGUGUAGCAACAGUUGAAUUUGCCGCACCAGAAAUCGUGGAUCACGAUGCUGUUGGCUUUUAUACGGAUAUGUGGGCUGCUGGUGUACUAUCCUAUGUUAUUUUGAGUGGUCUCUCGCCGUUUAGCGGAGCUAAUGAUAAUGAAACGAUUGAAAAUAUUCGAAAAUGUGAUAUACAAUUUCCAAACGAAGCAUUUAGUGAUAUAUCCGAUAAUGGAAAAGAUUUUAUCAAAAAAUUAUUGUUAAAAAAUCGAAAUGACCGUAUGACCGUACAUGCUGCACUCGACCAUCCAUGGUUAAGAGAAGAUAAAUCAGAACUUGACACAAGAAUAGCAUCAUCGCGCUUCGACAAUGUUCGUCAACGUGUACGAGGUCGAUAUGCUGAUAUGCCCGAUCCAGCUUGCGGUAUUGGUCGUAUGGCUGGAUGGAGUUCACUACGAAAAAAUAAACCACAAGAAUAUAAAAUUUACAAUUCAUCCUGGGAUCGACGUGAAGCUGCACCACGAUUUAUUCUGCGUCCAAGGAACGCACAUGUGCUAGAAGGACAAAAUGCUGAAUUUGAUUGUAGAAUAAUAGCUGCAUCGCCACCAGUUGUCACUUGGUAUCGUGACAAUGUUGAACUUCGUCAAUCAACAAAACAUUUGAAAAAAUAUAACAGAAAUAAUUAUAAAUUGGAAAUUAAACGAUGUAUAAAAGAAGAUAAAGGAGAAUAUGUUGUCAAAGCCACAAACAGUUAUAGUGAUAGAGAAUAUGCGGUUUUCUUGACCGUAGAAUCACGUGCAAGUUUAAGUCUAUUGAUUUUAGACUUAUCCAUUGCAACAACAAUGAGCUAUUAUCACGAUUCGUCUUGGUCUGGUUUUUCUCGUGCUCUCUAUGGUGGUUCACCGAAACACCAUCAUUUUGAAUCACCGUUCGCUUAUCGUUGUUUAUACAAACAUCGUCUACUUUCUCGUUCACAAUCAGUUGGACCACGUUCUCUACCAGAGGCUCCUAGAAUUGAAUCGCGAGAAGUUAGUCAUCAUCGACGUGUACCUCAAGACGCAGAAUUAGACACAUGGCGCGAACCAGACUCAAAACCAGUGUUCACAUUUUUGUUACGUCCUCGCCUUAUUCAAGAAGGUAUUAAUUGUAAAUUAAUAUGUUGUGUUAGUGGUAAACCAACACCCAAGGUUCAGUGGUUCAAAGAUCGUACUCAAUUAUCAGAAGGCGAUUCUCAUUAUAUAACAGCCAGCGUCAGUGGUGUUUGUACAUUAGAAAUUUCCUCCUGCGAAGUAGCUGAUAGUGGUACAUUCAGAUGUCAUGCCACUAAUCCAUUAGGAUUCGAUGAAACAUCGUGUAUGAUCCACAUUGAAGAAGCCCGACGAACACGUCGUGCUCCAUCUACGAUGGCAGGAGAGAGUGAUCAUACAUCUAGUAGAGCUAGAUCACCGUCUCCAGUUCGAUCAUCGGGCAAAGAUUCGAAUUGGAGAGAAAAAUUAGGAGCUGGUGACAAACCUGCUGAGGCUGAAAAACCAAAAAAACGAGAACAGCGUAAAGAAGCUCCAAAAUUUAUCGAUCAAUUAUCGAGUGUUACAGUGUUCGAAGGCUCAACAGCCAAAUUACGAUGUGAAGUCAAAGGAAAACCGACUCCUAACAUUGAAUGGUUAAAAAAUGGUGAACCCAUUUCCAAAGAUUCUCGUAUUAAUGAGUCUUAUGAUGACGAUGUUGCAACACUUACAAUCAAAAAAGUCAAAAUGGAUGACGAUGGAGAAUAUAUCUGUCGUGCUUCUAACGAAGAAGGCUCCGAUAAUAGUAGUGCACAAUUAACCAUCAAGGCUCAUGUCGCUAGUGCCGAUGAUGAAUUAUAUGCCGAAUAUAACAAAGAAGACGAAGUGUCAGUCGAAGCAGCAGCUCCGAGUGAACCAUCAGCUUCACCCGAACAAGAAGAUGUGUUUGCAAGAAUGGAUAUGAAAUACUUAAAAAAUUUUUUUUCACAGACGACUGAAGCUGCUCCAGCAGCCGAAACGGCACCACCGGAGAGUGAGACCACGCCUUCAACAGAGCCCGUUCAGCCUUCGACCGAUGCUGCGGCUAGUGAGACAGAAGCUAAAAAAGAAGAAAAAUUACCAUCUGAAGCUGUUGCUGAAAUCCCGGCAGAUGCAGCUGCCUCAACUGAACCAGCGCUUGUUGCCGCUCCUGUGGCUGAACCUGAAGCUGCUGCUAAACCUGCCAGCACACCUGCUGGUAAAACUGCACUUAAAAAGGGUGUUGAAGAAAAAAAACCAGCAGCAGUUCCUGAGAAAAAGCCAGUGGGAGCUGCAGCAAAGAAAGCCGUCGAGCCAGCCAAGAAACCUGAGCCAGAAAAGAAAGAUACGAAAAAAGUGGAUGACAAAAAGAAAGUUGAUGAGAAAAAAGUUGAACCAGAAAAAAAAGACACGAAAAAAGUGGAAGAAAAACCGAAAGCGGAUGAUAAAAAAACGAAAAAGGUUGAGGAAACAUCAGCUCCACCACCGGCUGAAGAGAAAAAGCCAGAAGAAGAUAAGAAACCAAAAGAUAAGAAAGAGGAAGAAGAAAAACCGUUGGAGAAAAAAGAAGAAAAAGUCAAGUUUACAAAACAUAUUCAUUCACAAAAUUUAAUGGAAGGUGACCGUCUUAUAUUGGAUUGUACUUGCACUGGCGAUGAGUUAGAGCUCGUAUGGUUACGAAAUAACAAAGAAAUACCGGAAAAUCCAGAUUUUAAACGAGAACGUGACGGUGAUAAUUUUAGAUUAAAUGUUUCAGAAGUAUUUUCUGAAGACAGUGGCGUGUUCUCUGCUCUGUUAAAAAAUGCGACUAGCACACGUUUAUCGUCAUGUUCUGUAAUUAUACAAGCGAAAGAUGAAGAACCACUUGAUCCAACAUUUGUUGAAUUUCCACAAAAUCUAACAAUUGAUGAAAGUGGAAAAGCAAAAUUUACCUGUAAAUUGUCGGGCUCAGCACCAAUGACUGCUGAAUGGAACUUUCAAGGAAAAGCAUUGGCCCGUGAUUCCAGUCGCUUUGUAUUUGUUGAUGGAGAACCAGAAUUUUCAAUGGAAAUUCCUGUUGUGUUAGCUACCGACGAAGGACAAUAUCAUGUUACAUUAUCGAAUGAUAAAGGCGAAAUAACUGCAGCAUUUUCUUUACAUGUUCUUGUUGAUCAAUCAUGA